UUUCUAGAUCUAUGAAGGAGAUUCAGUUGUUGUGACCGGGAUUGCAAAAAUGCUGGAAAGCGAAAACUUAACUGAUAUUCAAGAAUCCUCAAAUCCAGCAGUAACAUUGAAAUCGAGAGACUUCUAUAAAGAGCUACGUUUACGAGGAUACCAUUACACAGGUCUAUUUAAAUCGGUGUUGGAAGCAAAAUCUGACGGAACCAUGGCUAAGGUCCAAUGGAAAGGUAAUUGGAUGGCUUUUCUUGAUUGCCUGCUACAAACUGCAAUAAUUGCGAUUGAUACCAGAUCGUUGAUGGUUCCUACGGCAAUCGAAAAGCUUUCAAUUGCACCGAAAGCCCAUUUGGCAAUGAUGGAACGUGAGGGAGAAGAUUGUGAGUUCUUCACGAUGAGAAGCUGUCCAAAAACUAACGUUUCGGUUUGUGGCGGUAUUAUGCUUUGCAACCCUCGGGCCAGCAGCGUAGGACGUAGAAACCCUCCAGGUAUUCCAGUUCUAGAGACUUAUCAAUUUGUUCCGUAUCACGCCGAUGAUCAGGUUCCGACUCUGGAAGCAAUUAGAAUGUGCGUUCAGCUUGCGCUAGAAAAUGUCCCUACUCUAUCAAUAAAUGUGACAGAAAUCCACAGUGAGAGGAUUCCGGUUGUCGCACAUUUGUUCGGAGAAGCAAUAGCCGAUCUUCCAUUGGUUAAAGCCAAUCUGACGGUUCUGGCUAAAACAGAAAUUGAGUUGGAAUACGUGACUGUCAAAGUGGAAAAGCUAUCUGAUCAAUCAAAUCAACUCUUUCUGAUCACUGACAGCAAUUGGAGUGAGCCGAAUUUCCUACAAGACGCUGUUGGUCGUCUCGUAGAUGGAGGAUUCAUCAUUGUUCGUGAGAAGUUAACCUUCAAGUUAGAUGACCUAGAUGUACCAGAAGAACUGAACAUGGUGGCCUCCUUUAGAGUCGAUCAAGAAGAGACAUUUAUUUGUCUGCAACGCAAAAUCAAGGGAUUCAAUGAUACUCCAGCAGUUAUCCAGGUUGAUUCAUCCGACUUCAGUUGGCUAGCUGUUUUGAAACAGGCUGUCAAAGUCCGACCUGUGAUCCUAUUCUCACAGAAUGACUCAGUUUCCGGAGUUAUCGGUUUGGUGAACUGUAUUCGCAAAGAACCCAAAAUGCAAACAGUACGAUGCGUACUAAUUGAUGACCAAAAUGCUCCGGAAUUCUCUCUCAGUGAUCCAUUCUACAAGAACCAGUUAGAGCUCGGACUGGCAAUUAACGUAUUGCGAAACGGAGUGUGGGGUAGCUAUCGCCAUGCCUUAAUAUCGAAGAAACCAAAAACGGAACCUGUAUCCAAGCAUUGCUACGCAAACAGCCUGACAAAAGGUGAUUUGUCUUCGAUGAUGUGGUUCACGGGAGCCUUCAACGAGUGGGAUGUUGUACCAAAUAAGGUAAAAGUGUCGUACUGCACUUUAAAUUUCCGUGAUGUGAUGGUUGCUACUGGAAGAUUGUCAUCGGACGUGAGUUCAUUCAGUCGACUGGAAGAAGAAUGUGAGCUUGGUUAUGAAUAUGCGGGAGUUACGGAAGACGGCAAGCGGGUGAUAGGUGUAUUGCCAUUAGGGGCUCUAUCUACGAUGGUUAACGCGGAUUCGACUCUUAUUUGGGUUAUACCGGAUAGUUGGAAUGCACAGGAUGCUUGCACAAUUCCAAUUGUAUAUACCACGGUUUUGGCAGCAUUUAAACUAAACGCUAAUGUGAAGAAAGGGCAGUCGGUAUUAAUCCAUGCAGGAAGCGGAGGUGUUGGGUUAGCUGCAAUCAACCUUGCGCUUGCAUAUGGAAUGGAGGUAUUCACAACUGUUGGAUCCGAUGAGAAGGUCAAUUACCUGUUGAACGAGUUUCCUUCUCUAAAACGAGAAAACAUAGGAAAUUCGAGAGAUUUAUCAUUUGAACAAAUGAUCAAAUUAAGAACCAAUGGAAGAGGAGUGGACUACGUGUUGAACUCGUUAGCUGACGAGAAACUGCAGGCGUCUGUGAGAUGCUUGGCGAAAGGCGGACAUUUUCUAGAAAUCGGAAAAUAUGAUAUGGCAAGAGAUUCGCAACUAUCAUUGGAGCUCUUUAAAAAGGGAAUAUCAUUCACAAGUGUGAUGUUGGAUUCGGCAAUCAGAGAUAAUUAUACUCUAAAAUUGAGCUUACAUAAAUUAUUGGAUGAAGCAAUCAAGUCUGGUAUAGUGAAACCACUGAAAACCAACGUUUUCGAUGCUGCUGAUUUGGAGAAGGCAAUGAGAUUUUUGGCGAGUGGAAAACAUAUGGGCAAAAUAGUGAUCAAACUGCGUGAACAUGAGAAUGACGCUGAAACACUUCCAAUUACACAUUUUCCACACGUCUUCUGUAAUCCAGAUCAAGUUUACGUAAUCGUUGGCGGCUUAGGUGGUUUUGGUCUGGAAUUGGCGGAUUGGCUUGUCCUUCGUGGGUGCAGGAAGCUGGUACUCAGCUCUAGUCGAGGUAUCACCAAGCCAUAUCAGGAAUACAGAAUUAAAAUAUGGAAUAGUUAUGGCGUUCAUACUCAUAUCUGUACUGCCGAUGUUACCACAAUGGACGGUUGUCGUGUCCUCUUGAAAGAAGCUUCUCGGUUCGGUUCUGUAACGGCUAUCUACAACUUAGCAGUGCAGCUUCGAGAUGCCAUAUUGGAGAAUCAGACUGUGGACAAGUUCGUGGAGUGUAUGGCACCUAAGGCUACUGCAACUGAAUACCUUGACAAGGUCAGUCGUGAGAUGUGUCCUCAUCUGAAGCACUUCAUAGUGUUCUCCAGUGUUUCCUGUGGUCGCGGUAACGCAGGACAGAGCAACUAUGGUAUGGCAAACUCUGUGAUGGAGCGUAUAAUUGAACGGAGAAACGCGGACGGCCUUCCCGGAAAGGCGAUUCAAUGGGGAGCUAUCGGUGAGGUUGGACUUGUAGCAGAUAUGGCAGAAGAUAAGAUCGAUUUGGAAAUCGGAGGAACGUUGCAACAGCGCAUAUCAUCAUGUCUUCAUGAGAUGGAUUACUUGCUGACAUGUGAAGCUCCUCUUGUGGCCAGUAUGGUGGUUGCGGAAAAACGAACUGCAAGCGGAUCAAAGAAUGUCAUCGAAGCUGUCAUGAACAUAAUGAGUAUAAGAGAUCUGAAAUCGGUGUCGAUGGAGAGUACUUUGGCCGAUAUUGGAAUGGACUCUUUGAUGGCAGUAGAAAUCAAACAGGUACUGGAAAGAGACUUCGACAUGGUACUGUCCCCGCAAGAUCUGAGAACAUUAUCCUUUGCUAAGUUGUUGAAAAUGGAUGAAGAGAAAAAGCAAGCUGCUAAAGAUCAGGAGGAAAAGAAGAGUGAAGGAUUUGUGAUUGGAAUGCAAAUGUUGUUGAGAAAUCUUGGCAACGAAGAAACGAGUGAAUCGACGUUAUUGCGUUUACCUUCCGCUGAUCAAGAAGGCCGUUCACUUUUAUUCAUUCCAGGUGUUGAAGGCGUGGCCGGUAAUGUUUGGAAAGCAAUUGCUGCACAGAUAAAGUCUCCUGUUUACAUGCUACAGCUAUCGAACACUUUAGAUUGUGAUAGCAUCCCAGAUAUCAUAGAACGCAUCAUAGAUGAGAUCUGUGAAACAAUGUUCAAUGGUUUUGAAGAUAUUACAAUAGUUGCUUAUUCAUUUGGAGCUCUGAUUGCAAUCGAAAUAGCUCGAUAUUUACAGGCAAAAGGUAUACGUGGAGAACUUUUACUAUUGGAUGGUGCACCGAAGUACUUGAAGCAAUGGUCACUGAAACAACUGAAUAAUAAUCCAUCGGAUGGAGAAAUACAGAAGCUCAUAUUACUUGUUUUGAUCGCCAUGGUGUUCCCAGAUCAGCCACCGGAGAAAGCCAUGGCUGUAUUGGAGAUUACGUCAUUCGACGACCAAAUUGAGAAACUCAUCGAAUUGGGAGCAGAGCAGAGCGAAUAUUCACCAGAGUACACAAGAAAGAUGACGAAAGCCCUCUGCAGGAGAAUCAAAAUGGCGGCUCUGAUGAACCUGGAUGAAGAUCAACCGUUGGACCUUCCGAUAACGCUGGUUAGACCAACCGAUGCCGUUUUCUCGGAUAUUGAGGAUGACUACGGGCUGUCAAGUUAUACCACAGGAGCUAUAACACUACGAAUGGUCGAAGGCAAUCAUGUAUCUAUGUUGGAAAAUGCCGAUCUAAUAGGAAUGAUCAAUAAUUUCAGUUGUCAGAAUAAUCGUGCGGGUUAAAUGCUAACUACCUUCUGAAGUUGUGUUUUUUAUAUCUGAAAAUGUUGUGCUAUACCGUAGGGCUUGGUAGAAUAGUAUCUCUCUGUAGCGUAAAUGUUCCAAUAGUGAAAAUUCAAGAAGGACAAUAAACGUGCUUGUGUUUU